AUGGGAGUUUCUUCUUCAUCUGCCAAGAUCAAGUGCCUUGUCAGCACGAACAGUAAGAAGAUCAAUUGCAUGCAAGAGGUCCGGGAUAUUCUGCUCAGGUAUCCGCUCCAACUGCCUCAAAUCCAUGAUCUACCCUGUGAGGAGACUGUUGAGUUGCUUGUGCCGAUCCUGCGAUCAAACUGA